AUGUCGACCAUUCAUGAUCGCCAAUCAUCAUUCAAUGGUGCCACAAGCGCUCAGCACGUGGAGAACCAUGAUCCCGGCAGUUUACGUGUCCUUGGCUCCGUCGGUGGGCCGAAGCCUGGAACAGGUAUAACGAACAUGUUGGCAAGAAGCAGUGCGCUAUCGUUGACAUGUUCUGGGAAACUGAGACUGGAUCGAUCGUCGUCACCCCACUCGGACUCUGGUGCGAUUGAGACUAGGCCUGGUGCUGCAACUGUUCCCUUCUUCGGUAUUGAGCCUGCUAUUCUGGACCCUGUUAGUGGAAAGGAAUUAGAAGGAAGCAAUGUCGAGGGAGCUCUCCCGUUACCUGGAGACGUAAAUGAAGCCAUACGCUGGAGUUUUUUUACACGGGAGACGACGCUGCACACCAUGAACAUGGCUACGUUAUGGGAAUUCACGUACCACCGCAAUGACGAGGCUUCCCUGGCUGGGGAGCUCAUACUCCAAGUUAGAAAGAUCUUCACCAUCAACACGACAGCCCGCAAUCAACGACCACAACUCUUACGCGAAUCGCUCGCGGAAGUUGAUUCUAUUCGUUUCGCGUUGGCGGGUAGGGUUGGGCCGGAGGCAGACGAGGAGGUCGACCGGUGCCAGAUCCGCCUGAAUGCCCAGCAAGGCAUCGCUCCCAUUCCUCCUCGACCCGAAAGCACUAUCACUCGUGACAUCGAUCCGGUCAUCGGAGUGUCGCGUUCGUUGCCUGAUGUCAGGGCACGUUCUCUGGAUGAUACGCUGGCGCUUGGCGCUGUAUGCGUUUACAUGCUCAAUGCCUGCUUCACCGGCCCCGCUGAGGACUUUGGAUGGGAGAGGCUGACUGUCCCACAAUCGCUGGAGCCACGUCGUGGAAGCAAUGUGUACGUAUCCCCUGCUGGUGCUCCUGGGGCACCAUCCAGUCAUGCACCAGCGGGUGGUUAUGCUCCACCUCCUGGGCCGCCUCCUCAAGGAGGAUCGGGCCGAGGUGCUGCGAGUGAUUAUUACAAUGGGCCUUCGCCAGGUCAAUCAGCACAAUCAUACUCGCACACCCCAGAUAACGCAGUCGCUUAUGGCGAUUCCCCUAACCCACCUCGCUACCAGUCAUACCCCUCGGGCGGGCUCGACGAAGAAAAUUACAAGUCUAAUUUCUCUGCUCACGCUCAGGCUUAUGGUUCCGGCCAUGAUGACAAGCCGAUGGCGAAUGAUGCUACAGGCGCAGCUGCCGCUGUCGAGGCGCGGAAGAUCGCAGCUGCAAAUAACCAGUCGGGUGACAGGCCGCAGGAAGGAGGUAGACCACAGGGUGGAUUCCAUCCCGACGCGGACGCUCCACAUGCGAGACCAUCUGCCUUCUGGUGCGCAGCAUUCAUCAGCUUCACCAUCUUCGUAGUCGAUAUGCUCAAUCACGCAGAUUGCCCUGACGAUGACCCAGGCAGGCAAGCUUUUCGACAAGAGGCAGCCAAGGAAAGUCGCAAGCUAUGCAAUCAGCUUCGGCGACUGCGAUGCGCUCGAUGGGAGAGUACAAGUCGACGAGUAAAGUAA